GCUGCGCAGGGCAGGCAACACGGUCGGCAAGGCCGAGCGCAAGGCGGCGGGGGCGAGGAAGGCUUUUGCCACUGCCGCCUCCGAGGUGUCCGCGGCGGAAACGGCCUUGCAGGCGGCGCACGACCGGCUGGAGAAAACCGAGUUGCGCCAGCGGGAGGCGCAGGACCGCCUCACGUCGCUGGAGGAGGAGGCUGCGAAGGCCAAGGCGAGUCAUGAACGGCUGCGGGUCUCUGAUGGCGACUUGGAGGCCAUGCGAGGGCUCUUCCUGCAGCUGCGCGCGCCCCCGACGGCAAUCAUGGUGGGCAAUUUCGCCAGGGCCUGGAAGCUCACCACGCAGCCACUGCAAGCGGUGGAAGAAAUGAUUGCCCUGCAGGAGCCCGAAGCCACGGCGCAGCCUCGGAAGAGGUGGGGCGACGACUGCCUCGUGGACGGCGGCGACAUCGACUCCGACCCGGACAUCGACCUGGAGCCGCCCGCCCAGCCAGCCGCAGAGCGCGGGGGGGACGAGAGGCGGCCGCCAGCGGCGGGCCCAUGGCCGCGGGUGCAGCCUGGCGCGGUACAGGACCUGGUGGAG